CCUGACCGCCUAAUGCAGGUGGUGAGCAAGCACUCUGCCAUCCCUGAGGCCCAAGGCCUGUUUAAUCCGGAAAAUGACAAGGAUUCGUGCGGCGUGGGCUUUGUGGCAGAGCUGUCCAAGGAGCCCCAGCGGAAGACGGUGACAGAGGCGCUGGAGAUGCUCAAGCGCAUGUCGCACCGUGGCGCCUGCGGAUGCGAGGUCAACACAGGCGACGGCGCCGGCAUCCUGGUGGCCAUCCCCCACCUCUUCCUCUCCAUGGUGGUGGAAAAGGAGUGCGGCAUCGAGCUGCCGCCGCUGGGCGACUAUGCUGUGGGCCAGGUGUUCCUGCCGCACGACGAGGAGACGUACGAGAAGGCCAAGGCCGCCAUCCACAAGGUGGCAGCCAACCAGGGCCACACCGUGCUGGGCUGGCGCCGAGUGCCCACGGACAACAGCACGCUGGGCGACAGCGCGGUGAAGACCGAGCCCGUGGUGGAGCAGUUCUUUGUGCUGCGCGCCGCCAACGAGGGCGAGCGGGUGCUGCCGCUGGAGCGCCAGAUGUACGUGCUGCGCAAGCUCAUUGAGCACCGCCUGCGCACCAGCGGGCUCACCGAGGACGACUGCUACUUCUGCUCCCUCUCCUCCCGCACCAUUGUGUACAAGGGCCAGCUGACGCCCGAGCAGGUGCCGCUGUACUACCUGGACCUCCAGUCAGAGCACUUCACCUCCUACAUGGCCCUGGUCCACUCCCGCUUCUCCACCAACACCUUCCCAUCCUGGCACCGCGCCCAGCCCAUGCGCAUGCUGGGGCACAACGGCGAGAUCAACACGCUGCGCGGCAACGUCAACUGGAUGAAGUCGAGGCAGGGGGUGAUGAAGUGCGAGCCGCUGGGCCUCAGCGAGCGCACGCUGCAGAAGCUGCUGCCCAUCGUGCCCGCCUCCCAGUCCGACUCCGGCUCCUUUGAUGCGGUGCUGGAGCUGCUGGUGCGCACGGGGCGCGACAUCGCGCAGGCCGUCAUGCUGAUGAUCCCAGAGGCCUGGCAGAACGACAAGCUCAUGCCCCAGAAGAAGGACUUUUACAAGUUCCACAGCGCCAUCAUGGAGCCCUGGGACGGCCCCGCCCUGGUGGCCUUCACAGACGGGCGCUUCAUCGGCGCCACGCUGGACCGCAACGGGCUGCGCCCCGGCAGGUUUUACGUCACCAAGACCGGUCGCGUGAUCAUGGGAAGCGAGGUGGGGGUGGUGGACAUCCCGCCCCAGGAUGUGGAGAAGAAGGGGCGCCUCAUGCCCGGCAACAUCCUGCUGGUCGACUUUGACGCACACUCCGUCAUCGACGACGAGGAGAUGAAGAAGCGGUACAGCAGCGCCAAGCCGUACGGCGAGUGGCUGGCACAGGAGGUGGUGACCGUGGAGCAGAUUGCGCGCAGCGUGCCCGACAAGGUGCUCAUCCCUCCUCCAAUCCGCGAGGCCACCCCCGCCUUUGACGCCACCGCGACGAACGGCAACGGCAACGGCGCGCCCACCAAGGGCGUGUCGCGCCUCAUCAAGCCCCUCAAGGCCUUUGGCUACACGGUGGAGACCCUGGAGGUGAUGCUGGCGCCCAUGGCCAAGGCCGGCGCCGACCCGCUGGGCUCCAUGGGCAACGACGCGCCGCUGGCGCACAUGAGCCAGCGCCCCAAGCUGAUGUACGAGUACUUCAAGCAGCUCUUUGCUCAGGUCACCAACCCCGCCAUCGACCCCAUCCGCGAGAAGUUUGUGACCAGCCCGCGGUGCAUGGUGGGCCCCGAGGGAGACAUCAGCGCCCCCGUGAGCCCCGGCCAGGCCAACCGCCUGGACCUGCACUCCCCUCUGCUCAAGCCCGAGGAGCUGGAGGCCAUCAAGGCGAUGAGCUUCCGGGGCUGGGAGACGCGGGUGGUGGACUGCACCUGGCCCGUGGCCGAGGGCGCCGCCGGCCUGGUGGAGGCGCUGCAGCGGGUGGCUGAGGAGGCUGCGCAGGCCAUUGACGACGGCUUCGACUUUGUGGUGCUGUCUGACCGCAACGCCGGCCAUGACCGUGUGGCCAUGAGCAGCCUGAUGGCGGUGGGCCACGUGCACCACCACCUGGUCACGCUGCAGAAGCGGUCCCGCGUGGGCCUGGUGCUGGAGACGGCCGAGGCUCGGGAGGUCCACCACUUCUGCCUGCUGCUGGGCUACGGCGUGGACGCCAUCUGCCCCUACCUUGCCUUUGACACGCUGUCGGCGCUGCAGGAGGACGGACACAUCCCGCCCAACAUGACGCAGGAGAAGAUGCGGGACAACUACAUCAAGGCCGUCACCGACGGCAUCCUCAAGGUCAUGGCCAAGAUCGGCAUCUCCACCAUCGCCUCCUACAAGGGCUCCCAGAUCUUUGAGGCGCUGGGCCUGGGCGCCGACGUCAUCCGCUCCUGCUUCACCGGCACCGCCUCCCGCAUCGGCGGCGUGUCGUUUGAGCAGCUGGCCCAGGACCAGCUGCGCCUGCAUGCCAUGGCCUACGGCCGCCAGGAGCGCGACCUCAUGCUGCCCGACCCGGGCGACUACCACUUCAGGUCCACCGUUGACCACGAGGUGCACCUGAACGAUCCCAUCGCCAUGGCCAAGCUUCAGGAGGCGGCGCGCACCGGCAGCACCGCCGCCUACAAGGAGUACUCCAAGCUCACGCAGGAGCUGAACAAGCAGAUCAACUUGCGCGGCAUGCUGCGCUUCAAGAAGGCGGCCACCCCGCUCGCGCUGAACGAGGUGGAGCCCGCCAAGGAGGUUGUGAAGCGCUUCUGCACGGGUGCCAUGUCCUACGGCUCCAUCAGCCUGGAGGCGCACACCACCCUGGCCAUCGCCAUGAACGCGCUGGGAGGCAAGAGCAACACGGGUGAGGGCGGGGAGAACCCUCGGCGCCUGGUGCCCAACCCCGACGGCUCGCACAACCCCAUGCGCUCCGCCAUCAAGCAGAUCGCCUCGGGUCGCUUUGGCGUCACCGCCCACUACCUCACCAACGCCGACGAGCUGCAGAUCAAGAUUGCGCAGGGCGCCAAGCCCGGCGAGGGCGGCGAGCUGCCUGGCCACAAAGUGGCGGGCGACAUUGCGGUGACCCGUAGCUCCACCCCCAGCGUGGGCCUCAUCUCCCCGCCCCCGCACCACGACAUCUACUCAAUUGAGGACCUGGCCCAGCUGAUUUACGACCUGAAGAGCUCCAACCCGGCCGCCCGCGUCAGCGUGAAGCUGGUGUCGGAGAACGGCGUGGGCGUGGUGGCCUCGGGCGUGGUCAAGGGCCACGCCGACCACGUUUUGAUCAGCGGCCACGACGGCGGCACCGGCGCCGCCAAGUGGACCUCCAUCAAGGCGGCUGGCCUGCCCUGGGAGCUGGGCCUGGCUGAGACCCACCAGACCCUGGUGGCCAACGACCUGCGCGGCCGCACCGUGCUGCAGGCUGACGGGCAGAUGAAGACGGGCCGCGACAUUGCGGUAGCGGCGCUGCUGGGCGCCGAGGAAUUUGGCUUUGCCACCGCCCCGCUCAUCGCCAUGGGCUGCAUCAUGAUGCGCAAGUGCCACACCAACACCUGCCCCGUGGGCAUCGCCACCCAGGACCCUGUGCUGCGCGCCAAGUUUGCCGGCCAGCCGGAGCACGUCAUCAACUUCUUGUUCAUGGUGGCAGAGGAGAUGCGCGAGUACAUGGCGGAGAUGGGCUUCCGCACUGUGGAGGACAUGGUGGGCCACGCCGAGAUGCUGGAGGUGGAUGAGGAGGUGGUGAAGGCCAACCCAAAGCUGGCCAAGGUGGACCUGUCCAAGAUGCUGACCCCCGCCGCCAGCCUGCGCCCAGGCGCGGCCCAGGUCUGCGUGCAGAAGCAGGACCACGGGCUGGAGACGGGCCUGGACGGCAAGCUGGUGCAGCUCUGCUCCGCAGCGCUGCCCGACCCCGGCAGCGACGCCAAGCCGCAGGCGGUGUAUGUGGAGACGGAGGUGGUGAACACGCACAGGGCUGUGGGCACCACGCUGUCGCACGAGGUGACCAAGCGGUUCGGCCUGGAGGGCCUGCCCGAGGGCACCGUGCACAUCAAGCUGUCGGGCCACGCAGGCCAGUCGCUGGGCGCCUGGCUGUGCCACGGCAUCACGCUGGAGCUGGAGGGGGAUGCAAACGACUACGUCAGCAAGGGCCUGUCUGGCGGCGUGAUUGCGGUCUACCCGCCGCGCGAGUCCACCUUUGCCGCGGAGGACAACAUCAUCGUGGGCAACGUGGUGCUGUAUGGCGCCACCCGCGGCGAGGCCUACUUCCGCGGCGUGGCCGCCGAGCGCUUCUGCGUGCGCAACUCGGGGGCGCACGCGGUGGUGGAGGGGUGCGGCGACCACGGCUGCGAGUACAUGACGGGCGGCACCGCCGUCGUGCUGGGGCGCACCGGCAAGAACUUUGGGGCGGGCAUGAGCGGCGGCGUGGCCUUUGUGUACGACCCACAGCACCGCUUUGCGCCGCUGUGCAACGUGGAUGUGGCGCAGGACCUGUUCCCGGUCGAGGACGGCAAGGACCUGACCCACCUUCGCUCCCUCAUCCAGCGCCACGUCAAGUACACCAACUCCACCGUGGGGCGACGCCUGCUGCUGGACUGGGACACCGAGAGCCGCAACUUUGUGAAGGUGUGGCCUCGCGAGUUCCGCCGCGCCGUGGAUGAGGCCGCAAAGCUCAAGGCGGCGCAGGCUGCCGGGGCGGAGGUGCUCAAGGACACCAGCGGUGUGGAUGCCUUUGAGGAGCUGAAGAAAAUGGCGGUGGAGGUGGUGAAGCGCGAGCCCGCCAUCAUCAACACCCUGCUGCCAGCCGCGGCGAAGAACGGCAACGGCAACGGCAACGGCGCAGGGCCUGUGUCUCCCGAGGAGGCCAAGCAAUACUUUGCCAAGCUGCUGCGCGACGCCACCGACGGCCUGCCCGUGGCCGGGCGCAAGCCUGUGUGGGAUGCGGGGCGCCCCACCGUGGUGUCUGACCUGUCGGCGCAGAAGCCGCGCGGCUUCAUCACGUACGAGCGCGAGCCGCUGCCCUACCGGCCUGUGGAGGAGCGGGUGGAGGACUGGAAGGAGGUGCACGCGCACCUGCCCGCCGAGAAGCAGGCCCAGCUGCUCAACACGCAGGCGGCCCGCUGCAUGGACUGCGGCACGCCCUACUGCCUCAACAAGACCACCGGCUGCCCGCUGGGCAACCUGAUCCCCGAGUGGAAUGCGCUGGUGCACCAGGGGCGGUGGCAGGAGGCGCUCAACCGCCUGCUGGAAACCAACAACUUCCCAGAGUUCACGGGCCGCGUGUGCCCUGCCCCCUGCGAAGGCUCCUGCGUGCUGGGCAUCAACCAGAACCCGGUGACCAUCAAGACCAUGGAGGUGUCCAUCGUGGACAAGGGCUUUGAGGAGGGGUGGAUCAAGCCCCGCCCGCCCACGGUGCGCACCGGCAAGCGCGUGGCCGUCAUUGGCGGCGGCCCCGCCGGCAUGGCAGCCGCCGACCAGCUGAACAAGGCUGGGCACAGCGUGACCGUGUUUGAGCGGUCUGACCGCGUGGGAGGCCUCAUGAUGUACGGCGUUCCCAACAUGAAGACCGACAAGAUCGACAUUGUGCAGCGGCGGGUGGACCUGAUGGCUGAGGAGGGGGUGCGCUUUGUGACCUCUGCCCACGUGGGCAGGGAGGUGGACAUGGCCGAGAUCCGGGCCGCCAACGACGUGGUGGUGCUGGCCGCGGGCGCCACCAAGCCGCGCGACCUGCCCAUCGAGGGCCGGGGCCUCAAGGGCGUGCACUUUGCCAUGGAGUUCCUGCACGCCAACACCAAGUCGCUGCUGGACAGCAACCUGCAGGACGGCGCCUACAUCUCCGCCCAGGGCAAGAAGGUGGUGGUGAUUGGCGGCGGAGACACCGGCACAGACUGCAUCGGCACCAGCGUGCGCCAUGGCGCCACCCAGGUCGUCAACCUGGAGCUGCUCAGCAAGCCGCCCGAGACGCGCGCCCCCAACAACCCCUGGCCCUACUACCCGCGCGUGUUCAAGGUUGACUAUGGCCACGCCGAGGCGGCCCACGUGUACGGCCAGGACCCUCGCGUGUACGAGGUGCUCACCAAGCGCUUCAUCGACGACGGCGAGGGCAACCUCAAGGGCCUGGAGAUUGUGAGCGUGGAGUGGCGGCCCGACCCCGCGGGCGGCCCCCCCAAGUUUGCCGAGGUGCCCGGCAGCGAGCGGGUCAUCGAGGCCGACCUGUGCAUGCUGGCCAUGGGCUUCCUGGGCCCAGAGGCCACGCUGGCGGAUGCCCUGGGCAUCGAGCUGGACCCUCGCUCCAACUUUAAGGCCCAGUACGGCGAGUUUGCCACCUCCAUGGAGGGGAUCUUUGCUGCGGGAGACUGCCGGCGCGGGCAGUCCCUGGUGGUGUGGGCCAUCGCCGAGGGGCGCGGCGCCGCCGCCGCUGCUAACCGCUUCCUGGCCACCCAGCCCGCCAAGCACCCGGAGGGCGCCACCCGCAGCCAGGGGUGA